AUGGCGAGGAGGGUGCAUAUCAAGGUUUGCAGCGCUCGCGGCUUGAUGCCGAGAGAUGGACGCGGAUCAGCAAGUCCUUACUGUAUAGUGAGUUUCGAGAGGCAGCAGGUCAAUACCCGAGUACAACAUGGGACUCUGGAUCCCGAAUGGAACGAGACCCUGGUUCUCAACGUUGAGGGGGAUGCAUUGCAGCGAAGCCAUGUUGGUGUCUCUGUUCUGAAUCACACGAAUGGGCGUUCUCUGGGGAAAAUCAAGAUAGAGGGUAGUGAGGUUCCGCAUCGUUCAGCUGAGCCUUCCGAGCAGCGAGAGUACCCGCUGAAGUUCGGCUUCGGCUGCAUCGCGAUCAUGGAGAGAGGUUCGUUGACACUCAAGCUAUGGUGGAGCGGCCCGGUUGACCAUCAUGAACAUCCUUCAUCUCAUGUCCGAAUCCCUGCACCACAAAUUGACAGCGUCGAGCAUGAAGCUGAACUCGAUCAGAUCAUGGCAAAGAUAGACCGGACUGCAAGUGCUGUCGGAGUCCAUAAGGAACAGUGCAAGCUGUUGAGUUGGGUUUGCAACGACAGCGUUGAAAUGGUGAGAGGGUUUGCAAGCAGUAAGGUCUUCUUGAGGAGGCUAAGACAAUUCAUCAGGAAAGCAAACGGGCUGAUUCGAGAGUGUUCCGUGCAUGAGGAGCAUUGGGAGUGGCUUGCGGCUGUGAAAUACGACAGGGAAUUGGAAAUUAAGGAGAUCGUGGAGGAACUUCAUUUCAUGUGCGGGCUCAUUGGCAAAAGUCCUAUUCAGGCUUACCUGCCACAAAUCCAAGUAGCAGCCCAACUCGACAAAGCCGCACUGGAAAACCUGGCACAAGAUGGGAAAUUUAGAAGUCACUAUGCUGAAUAUAUACUACAGAGAGUAAAUUCUUCAGAGUUGCCCGAGUUGAACCCGGAGAACGUGAGCGUUCAUUUUGGGGAAAUGCUCGGUAGAGGAAGCCAAGGUGUUGUUCGUAAAGGAACGUGGCAUCAAAGGCUAGUUGCAGUGAAGGAGUUCAAGGAGUCUCAAGAUCUUCCAUCACGAGAACUGCCCGCAGUAUCAAGUAUACAGGCUGCUCCUCACAUUGUUCAAACCAUCGGCUACUACAAGGUUGACAAAAGCUGUACCCACUUGGUCAUGGAGGUAAUGAGGAUGGAUCUAAAAGAGUAUGCCAGCAAGAACAAAGAGCUCACGCUCUUGCAACUGGUCGAGAUGCUACUCCAGAUUACCAAGGGCCUCGAGUUCCUGCAUGGGAAAAACAUUGUGUACAGAGACCUCAAGCCAGAAAACGUACUAAUCGAUUUCACUGAUGAGGACGAAGAGCAACUUGUCCUGAAACUCACCGAUUUCGGUACUGCAUGCAUCAACUUCAAUACUGAACAAUCACAUACAGCUCCAGUAGGGACGAGGUUUUUCAUGGCCCCCGAGCUGUGGAGUGAAGAAAGUAGAAGAAAUGGUAAGAGCAUGUACUCAAGAUUGGUGGACCUUUACAGCCUUGGAAAGACAUUCUCCCAGUUGGUCUUGUCGCAGCCUGCCAUCGGGAUGCCAACAGCAGAGCUGGAGGCUCUGAUAUGUCGAUGUUCUUCUGAUGAGCCAUCUGAAAGACCGGUUGUUGAUGAGGUUCUGAAGUCAUUACGUAACAUUCUGCACAACAUUCUGUGCUGCAGUCUUGUCGGCGGAAGUGCUAUAUGAAACCUACAAAGCAUAUAUGGGCAUUUUUAAGUAUGGUGGCAAACUUGCAGAUUUUUUU